CGAGAGUUGUGACGGUAUGUGAAUAACAGACGUUGCUCUAUUUCGUUAUCGUUAUCGCUAUUGAUACGGUUUUCUGGAAAAAAAAGGUUUACUUUUACUUUUUCUUCAGAAUUCUUUUUUUCGUAUUAAAUGUUUGUAAUUUAUCAAGUCAAAUCAAUAAAGCCAUAAGGGAAAUCCCGAAAGAAUUUGGCUAAACAUUAUUUCUGAAAAAGGUGAUUCACCAGAGAAAAAAAACUGGAGAUAAAGUCAACGGCCAAAAGUUGCUAUAAUAAGCUGUAAACGUAUUUUGAGCGGCAUUUUUCAGUUGUAAUCGACAUCCUCUCGAGAUUGCACGCAGUUAUAUUUACAAUCAAAAAGCUAAAAAUACCUUAUUUCAAAGUAAUUGAGUCAUUUAUAUUGUGUUCCGGUGAUUUGGUGACAUAAAUUAAAGAAAUCCAGUGUUGCAAUAAAUUGUUGAAAAAUGUGGAAAAAGGAGUCAAACGGAAAGUAUACCAACAUUUUGGAAGUCAGCGAUCGCUCACUUUCACAUUUGAUGGGAACUGGCGUGCAAACCAUGAAUAGUAUGGCUCGAAUAAAUCAAAAAUCGGAUGAACAAUCGAAAGAGCAUCGUCUCAAAGGAAAUGAAAAAGUCAAAGAUCUCGAAUGGCGUGAGGCAAUUCAAUUGUACAACAAGUGUUUGUGUUUUGCAAAAAAAGAUUCCGAAAACAUGAGUUUGGCAUAUGCGAAUCGUUCGCUUUGCUUUCUCAAAUUGAAAAUGUACGAGAAAUGUCUGAUUGACAUUGAUUUGGCAAUUGAGGCCGACUAUCCGGAGGAAAAAGUGGGAAAGUUGAAGGAGCGCCGUGCUUUUUGUUUAAAUGCACUGAAGCAAGAAACGCCAAUUAAAAACGAUGAACCAAAAUUGGAUUUUCCGGAGCAUGGGCAGUUCCCAGGAAUGGUGGAUAUCUUUAGCAUGGAAUAUGAUGAGCUAUAUGGACGUCAUUUGGUUGCAACGAGUAACAUUGAGGUUGGAAAAACGGUUAUAAUUGAAGAAGCAUUCGUGAGUACACCGGUUAUGUCAACGGAAAAAAUGGUAUGCAGUAAAUGCUUCAAGGAGAUGAUGAAUUUCAUUCCGUGUGAUAAAUGCAAUACCAGCAUGUUUUGCAGUCGUGAAUGUGCCGACAGCGAUUUAUAUCAUGAACUUGCUUGUUGCAAAAAUACCGAAAACGCUGAUCACUUGGUUCCAUUUGUGGCACGAUCAAUUGUACUUGCGGUUAAUACUUUUCCGGACUAUGAAACUUUGAUUAAGUUUGUGGAAAAUACGAUUAGAGAUCGGACGAAAGCUGCACCAUCGUCAAUGGCUGACCCAGAAACGAAAUAUCGUGCAUUCUUAAAAUUCCAUCAGACUUUAUCGCCUAAGGACAAGAAAGAACUAUACAAAACCGGCUAUCAGAUAUUUUUCAACUUAAUGGCUCACCCGGCUAUCAAAGAAAAGAAUCUAACUGUCGACGAUGCACGAUUCCUUAUGCAUCUGACAUUGAAGCAUCUCUACAUCAUUAAAUCGAAUUCAUUCCAGAACAAAACGAUCGGCGGCAUAUUCAUGAUUCAAAGACAUCUCAACCAUUCGUGUGCCCCAAAUUUAUUGCAAUACUUCACCGGAAACAAAAUGAUCUGCAUUACAUCGCGUUCAAUCAAAAAGGGCGCACAAUUGUUCAUUACGUAUGGUAAUGAAGAAUUUUGGCUCGAGCCCACAUUUGUGCGUCAAGAGUUAUUGUCGGAGAAUUUCGGUUUUAAAUGUAAGUGCGAAAAAUGUAUCGAUUUCGGGAAGAUUAAAGAUGAUGCGGAUAUCACCUGGCUCACGGGCGAAACUUCGGGAGAAUUCAAAAUUGAACGUGACUAUCAAACUCUUCGUGGUGAGAUGAAAGGGGUCGACUACACCGAUGCUGCACAGUGUGCAGUGCUAAAGGGAAAAUGUCUUAAAUUAUUGAAGAAAUACCAUUCAAUGCCAUGGGCAUCGGAACUCGAUGCCGUUUGUCAAUACUAUGUAAAACUUUUAAAUGGAAAUAACUAAUGCUGAUGACCAUUUAAAGUUGCAACAUUUUUUUUCUCUAUCAAAUGCUGAUUUUGUAAGCUUUCACGAAUCUAGAAGAAAUAAAUCGUUUAUUUUGGAAAGAGAAAAA